UACUCUGCUGCUAGGACUUGCCCUCCAGCUCGGAAACUUUGAUCUUGUGGUGAUGGGAACUGAGUUUCAGGCCCUCACUCACAGCCAAGCCCUCAAAAACCUCUGUCAUCAGUUUUUAGAUCCUUACGAUGACUCAGAUCCUCCAGGUCAUGCCAACUGCCGAAGCUACCGCCAGCGUGCCUGCCGCCUCCUGGGAGACAGGAACCGCAUCACACCUUACUACACGGCGAGGUUCAAGACUGCUGAGGAGGCCAGUGGGGAAGACUGGCUCCCAACGAAGGCUCUGGAGCUCACCACGAAGGCUUCUGGCUGGGGCCCCAUAACCUUAGAAGUCAACGACGUGGACAUGCAGCCUGAGGGUGACCUGAAGGCACUUGGCCCCCAAGAGGCCAGUGGGUUGCCUGCCAAGCUGUGCCCAUCACCAGAGGACUGGAGGAUGACAACAAAGGCUGCCAGCCCCCUCAUUCCUGUGGAGGCCCUGGAGCUGGGCAGACACCUGCCGGGCAGAGCCAGAGCGCCCCGCUCACCACCCAGGCUUGGGAGCGACAGAGACAAGGGGCCCAGGCUGUCACUUUCCAAGAGGAAGCUGGAGCUUUUACUUGCAGAGCCUGAGAGAAUUAAGAGAAAGAAGAAGUACGUGGCUGAGCCAGGGCCCCGGGCAGGGACGGAGCCGGGGACUCACGCUACACUGGGAGUUAUGAGUGGGAGAUGA